AUGAAGCUCUGGCAUCGAGGCUUUCUGGUUGGCUGUCUCGCAACCCUCCUUGGAGCCGUCAAGAGGCCCAACCUAAGGCUUGGGCCGGAUGUCCGUCCUGGUGAUGGGCCGGGCUUUGGGCACUCCCACACACUGAUCUCCCUCUUGGAGACGCACUCGGCUCUCUCUGACGAAGUGAAGAGCGAUAUCCAGGACCUGUUCUCCGCCGUUUCUGCUCAGUCCAUCCCAGACGUCAGGCAAUUUGACCGCUACAUAAGCUCCCUCGCAACUGCCCUGGUGUCUCUGUCAGAGAAGGUGGGAGCACCCUACUUACAGGACCCUCUGAGUCAGAUUCUGAAGGUCAUCGACAAGACGCUCAAACCGGGCAUCUUGGACCAGCAUGCGGCUACGGAGCAGGCCAUCGCGCGUGCAGAUCAGGGCGUCCUGGAUUGUUACCAUACGCUAUGGAGAGGCCUGAAUGCCUCCAAUGCCAUCCGUGACUCCUUGGCAGGCAAGAGCCAAGCUAUCAAGUCCUGCUACAGCUCUGUGGCAGCAGCAUCGGAUGGCGUUGCCGCAGCGCUAGUCAGUCUCCCAAGGUUGUUGUCUACUCGCGCAUCCGACUGCGAGAAUCUACUCGCAGCAUCUGACGUCAGUAAAGCUCCUCUUCAAGCUUGGGCAACCAGCUGUGACCAUCAUGAUAGCCCAAGUGUGGGCACUUAUCUCAUGAAGCAGCUUAUGCACUGGGAGGAGCUCCUGCAGCAAUACGACGACACUGAGAAGCGCUGCAAGGAGUCAACUCAAAGCUAUGAGACGCAGGUCGUGAGGUACAACUCGAUGAAGAGCCGUCAGAGCGAUGGAGCAGAUUGUCGGCCCCUUCAAGCUGACAUGGAUGCAGCAGCAUGCAAACAGGCGCUGGAUCGGAUCGAAUCUUGCCAGACCUAUAGCAGCUGCAUGAACGAGAGCAUUGGCGACCGAAGGGCCCUCCAUGCGUCACAGUGCAAGGUUGAAGUGACCCUGAAGGCACAGUGGUAUGCCUUAGAGUCGAUGAAGUGCUUGCUGGAAGCAUAUGAAGACCACGGAGGUUCUGAGGAUUUGGUUUCGAGAUUUGCCACCUGCAAGUCCCGUGACCCUGAAAGCUACAAGCUCCAGUUCCUCUCGCUGCGUGGCUGCCAUGCCGUUGAGGCCGAUCUGGCGGAUGCACUCGCCUCCGCGAACGCGAACUCGACGACUUCGCGGGAGUGUGCCGUCACCAAGGAACCACAGAAUGAUCCGUCGCUCGCCGGUACUGCUGCUUAUGCGGCAACAUACUACCGUGGCUUCGAGGCAACGAAAUGCACUGCGAAGUGCUGCUCGCAGCCGCCAUACGUAACGUCCACAACGACAACCACGUCCACAACGACAGUGUCCACAACGACAACCAGCACAGCAGUGUGCAAUGCCACAACCGUCAACAUGGAGCGCACGAAGCAGGGCAGUUGUACAAAGCUCACAGACGGCCGCCCAAGGUGGGUCGCUGGGCUCUCACCAGCACCAGGCACCCCAGAAGAAGCUCUUAAAGAAUUUGGACUCGCCUUGGCCAUCAAGUCUGCGAAGGUGAUGAACACAUCGAAGUUGGAAACUCCUGAAACGGAGAUCCCACAUGUGGUAAUGGAUGCCGACAAGAAGUUGACAGUCUACUUCAAGCACCCGGGCAGCUGCGAUGAACAGCGUCGGGUGUUGGAGAAGGUUCUUCCAGCUGGCAGGAGCAUCAAGAUGCACCGCUGCAGGGGCACUGACGACUACUUCGUCUGA